CUCUGUGUGAGGAGGAGGGUGGGGAGGGGGCGAGGGGGGGGAAAGGCACCAAAAAUAGAGGGUUAAUGAGCACCAAUGGCCACGGAGGCAGCACUGAUGCUGUGAGAGCCGAGCGCAAAAGUGCCACAGGUGAGGAUGGAAGACUCAGCGCGUCCUCGGCGGCGCCAGCAAGCUGCAGCCAAGUUCGCCGCGUGAAAUUGGAAAAGGAGCCAAGGGAAGCAUGGAGGGAGCCCAGGGGUGUGCGUAAAUUUGCUCCGAGGAGCGCGCCGAUGAGACACUCGUGCACAAUUUGACUGGAAUAGGAGAAGAAGAGAGCACGUGAUGAUGAACGCGGACGUGGGAUCGUCCGGGCUGGCCAGGUCGGCCGCGGUCAAGCUGUCCGAGAUGGGCGCGCGCACCAAGCAGCUGGGCAGCGCCAUGCAGGACCCGCACCGGCAGCGGCGCAUCAUCCUGGUGAUCGUGUGCGUGGCGCUGCUGCUGGACAACAUGCUUUACAUGGUCAUCGUGCCCAUCAUCCCGGACUACCUGGCCGACCUGGAGAACGAGCAGUCGGAGCACGUCCACGUCGUCCUGCACCCAAACGGCAGCGCGCACGGCAACGGCAACGGCAACGGCACGGGCGCGAGUCAAGCCCAAAGCAACAACUUGGACAUCCAGAUCGGAGUUCUGUUCGCGUCCAAAGCCAUCCUGCAGCUGCUGGUCAACCCUCUGAGCGGCACCUUCAUCGACCGGGUCGGGUAUGACGUCCCGCUGCUCAUCGGGCUGACGAUCAUGUUUCUCUCCACGUGCAUCUUCGCCUUCGGGGAGAACUACGCCACGCUGUUCGCCGCCAGGAGCUUGCAGGGUCUGGGCUCGGCGUUCGCGGACACGUCGGGCCUCGCCAUGAUCGCCGACAAGUACACGGAGGAGGGCGAGCGCAGCCGGGCGCUGGGCAUCGCGCUGGCCUUCAUCUCCUUCGGGAGCCUGGUGGCGCCUCCCUUCGGCGGGGUUCUCUACGAGUUCGCCGGCAAGCGGGUGCCCUUCCUGGUGCUCGCCUUCGUGUGCCUGGCGGACGGCUUCCUCUUCCUCACCGUCAUCCGGCCCUUCUCCAACAGGACUCGAGAGAACAUGCCGGUGGGCACCCCCAUCUACCGGCUGAUGAUCGACCCGUACAUCGCGGUGGUGGCCGGCGCGCUCACGGUGUGCAACAUCCCGCUGGCCUUCCUGGAGCCCACCAUCGCCAACUGGAUGGAGAGCACCAUGCACUCCACGCAGUGGCAGAUGGGCUUGACGUGGCUGCCCGCCUUCUUCCCGCACGUCUUCGGCGUCUACAUCACCGUCAAGCUGGCGGCGCGUCACCCCAACUUGCAGUGGUUCUACGGCGCGCUGGGCAUGGUCAUCAUCGGCGCCAGCUCGUGCACGGUGCCGGCGUGCAAGACCUUCGGCGAGCUCAUCGCCCCGCUGUGCGGCAUCUGCUUCGGCAUCGCGCUGGUGGACACGGCGCUGCUGCCCACGCUCGCCUUCCUGGUGGACGUGCGCCACGUGUCCGUCUACGGCAGCGUGUACGCCAUCGCGGACAUCUCCUACUCGGUGGCGUACGCCAUGGGGCCGGUGGUGGCGGGGCAGAUCGUGCACUACUCGGGCUUCGUGCAGCUCAACCUGGGCAUGGGCUUGGUCAACGUCCUGUACGCGCCCGCGCUGCUCCUGCUGCGCAACGUGUGCCAAAUGAAGCCGUCCUACUCGGAGAGGGACACCCUGCUCGAUGAGGCUCCGCAAGGCUUGUACGACACCAUCCGCAUGGAGGAGAGGCGGGCCAAGAAGAAGAAGAAGGGCUGCGGCUCGGCGGGCGACGAGAACGGCUUCGACGCUUUCAAAGCGCAGCGGUCGCAGUCCGAGGAGUCGUCCGGCGCGGAGUUCGCCUGAGGCGGCCAAGCUUCACCCAAACACCCCUCCCCCCCCCCCCCCACCGCACCCCACCGCCAACCAAAUCCUCCGUGUGUCAUGUGCAAUAUAAAACACCCAAUCACCAAAAUCACCACUGCGUGACUGUGUGUGAGACUUUUUCUUUUCUUUUCAUGGUUGCAAUUUCAUUGUGUGUUUGUUUAUUGUAAAAGAAAAAAAGUGAAGAUAAAUGUGGGACCAAAUAUAAACCGCACAUAUUCACUAGCACAAAAAAAGAAAAAAAAAGCAUCUACUAUUUUUUAGUCUUUUGGUUUUUACUUGAAAGAGUCAUAUUUGAGUAUAUUGUUGGUGAUCUUUGGUUUUAUAUAACAAGAGGGACUGCCGCAAUCUCAUUUUUGUUCUUGUCGUUGGGAAUUAAAUGUAUCAGCACAACCGGAUUUGUACAAAUGUGGAUAACACAAGAUGCACAAUGUAAAAAAAAAGUACAAAAAAAUUUAAAAAUAAGCUCAAGUGUGUGUGGGGUAUGUGUGUGUGAACGCACGUGUGUGUCGGUAUGGAGCAUUUUGUCAAGAUGAGUCAGAUCUCCUUAUGACAAAUAAAUCCGUGUGUUCAUUUAUUGACUGUGAGGUUUAAUAAAUCUCUUUUUGGCUCUGUGA